GGACUAAUUCUUGAUGAAUAAUCAUGUAGUGGGCGCGUGUUCGUCGAUCUGUUUGUUACAUUGUUUGCUGCAAGCCUCAAGUGAUAUUGAUAGAUUGUAAUUUCCAUAACCCAAAGUUGCCAAAGAAGAUAACAAGAUGAUGUCGAUGCGGAGAACACUGGCUUGCUGCACAAGGGACCGAGGGAUCAGCCUGGACAUGGACGAACAAGAGAGGAUUAUGACUUUUAAUGGUCUUGAGAGUUGCGUUUUAAACAAUCAAGCCUACGAAAAUGAAAGCAGAUCAAGCAGAGCAGACGAAUGUACAACUGACUCAUUGGAGGAUCAUGAUUCAAGCUGUUCUUCAAGCAAGGAUGCUUGUGGUUCUUCCUCCUCAAAAUGGUUAGCAAUGCAUAGGGACGAGCAGGACUUGGAUGAAUGGGAACUACCAGAAAGCCCUCAACAUUUUUACAUGAAAGAGAAACCUGAUUACACUGUUCAGGUUUCAGACGUGGAAGCAAUGAAAGAAAAGUUCACAAAACUAUUGCUUGGUGAAGAUGUCACAGGAGGGCAGAAAGGGCUGAGCUCUGCCUUGUCUUUGUCUAAUGCCAUUACAAAUCUAGCGGCCUCCGUUUUUGGAGAAUUAUGGAAAUUAGAACCUCUUCCUGAGGAGAAAAAGAGUAAAUGGAAAAGGGAAAUGGAUUGGUUGCUCUCUCCUACCCACUAUAUGGUGGAAUUGGUUCCGGCUAAGCAAAAUGGUACUAGCGGUAGAGUGAUGGAGAUAAUGACUCCAAAGGUUCGGGGAGAUGUCCACAUGAAUCUUCCCGCUCUUCAGAAGUUAGAUUCCAUGUUAAUUGGUACACUGGAUUCAAUGGUGAAGACCGAGUUUUGGUAUACAGAAGUAGGUAGCAGGGCUGAAGGAAAAAGCAAGAGUAUGGGCCAAAGCACGAGGUGGUGGCUUCCAAUACCGCAAGUACCAUCCAUUGGGCUAUCUGAGAAUGAGAGGAAGAAAUUGCUCUACCAUGGCCGGGUUGUACAUCAAGUAUUCAAAGCUGCCAAAUCCAUCAAUGAAAGUGUUCUUUGUGAAAUGCCCGUACCAACUGUCAUAAGAGAGGCAGUCCGAGCUUCUGGAAAAGCAACCCUCAGUGAAGAACUAUAUAAGAUUUUGACAUCAGAAUCUGGGCCAGCUGAGAACAUGUUGAAUCAGCUUCAUCUGAAAUCUGACCACGGAGCUCUUGAGGCCAUAAACCGCUUGGAAGCUGCAAUAUUCUCCUUGAAAGAGAAAUACACUGAACAAAAUGGCAAUAAAUCUCCAGUUCGAACUGCUUGGCCUUUUGUCAAGGACCCAAUGGCUGAGAAGGAUAAGCUGAAAUUACUCUCUGAUCGAGCAGAGCUUCUCCUACAGCUACUCAAAUCGAAAUAUCCAAAUCAUCCCCAAACGUUUCUUGAUGUUUCAAAAAUCCAAGAUGGGAAGGAUGUUGGACAUUCGAUACUCGAAGCGUAUUCCCGGGUGCUCGGAAACCUGGCAUACAGCAUACUGACCAGAAUUAUAGAUGUUCUGCAAGAGGAUGCUCUGUGCAACCCCAAUUCACCUACACCAACAUGUUGUUUUCCAGGAAUGAAUCUGUCGAACUUUCGUAACGAUCAAAUGGCCACUCUCCAUGCAUGGCAGCCGCUCAUCGAUCGCCAAAACAAUCCGAAUACGACAUUCUCAGCCAGAAAAGUUAAAGAAAACUCUCCGACCACAACUCCGAGCAGAAACCGAGCAGGACGCAUUGGCAAAGAGGUUUGUAGUAUAGUGUUUCUUCUGGAAACAAGUAAGCACAGGCUUUUGAAGCACAUUGGCAGUUGCAUUUUGUUGUUGUAUAUGAAGCCACCAAAUAUCCAGUGAUUGAAAUCAAAUUUUUUGAACUUAUUGUAUAUUGACAUUUGUUAGUAAAGGUUAAAAAGCACAGCAUAUUUAUAGUUUCUA